AUGGCUCUACGCGAGUUGCCGUUUCGGACGGUAUCCGGUCUCUGCAGAGAGGUGCGGCCUGCUGUGCACGCCGUCCGACCCUCCCUCCGCCGCAAUGCCUCCGCGGGAGCCCUCCAGGAAGUCGAAGACUCGUCCUCCUUUGCCGUGCCGCCUCCAUCGAAAGAUCUCGUCCAGAACUUCGACCCGAUAGCGCGUAGCAGACUAAGGCGCCAGGGCAAGAAGCAGCUUCCGGCAAGCAGGUACCAAUACCGCCCGCCCAAGUACUACCGCGGUCCACUCCAUCCGCAUCAGCCUCCACCCGCAUCGGAUCCCGUGUCGCGUGAAUUCCAGCCUGGUCCUUUCAGCCUACCUCGAUUGGAACAGACAUACCAAAGCACGAUUGCCGCCGAUAUCCUCACACUCACAUACCAACACUAUCCGCCGGGAUACAGGCCGCCAAAAGUGGAGAACCGACUACGGCAGUGGUCUGGCGAUUCGCCUUACUUCAAGAACAGACCACUGAGGGGGCCGCGAGGACGUGGUGAGGAACUGCGAUUAUUGAAUGAACCCAGAACAUUUCGCAAUGUUCCGAAGAUUACCAAGAUCACCGUGCACUCUAUGGUGCCCGAGGCCCAAGAGAAUAGCGCGUAUUUGCACGUUGCCGGCAUGAUAUUACAGGCAGUUAGCAACGUUCGGGCGACGGCGCACAAGGCCAGACACAACGUGGUUGGCUGGGGACUUCGUGAGGGCAAAUAUGUGGCUGUGACAUCCCACAUGGAGCGCGAGGACGCGCACCAUUUUUUGGCGAAGCUUGUGGAUGUAGUACUUCCACGAAUCAAAGAAUGGAAGGGCGUCCCAGGCUCAUCUGGUGAUGGAGCAGGCAACAUGAGCUUCGGUCUCACCCCCGCUCAGGUCACCCUCUUCCCUGAGAUCGAGGUCAACUAUGACGCUUACCCACCCAAAAUGAUUCCGGGUAUGCACAUCACCAUCCACACCGACGCCACGAACAACAAGGACGCACGCCUGCUGCUCCAAGCCAUCGGCUUGCCGUUCUAUGGAAAGCUGAACGACUAG